UUCCCGUUUUGCCUCUUCUUCGAAAUAUAAAAGGAUGACAUUGCUUCGACGAGCAAUUUCUUUCAAAAGUACACCUCUGUUUCACUUUAUUUUUCAAGCAACUAUAAAAUAUGGGAUUCCCUGCUGGUACUCUUACUGUCGAACUCCGUGAAGCUAAGGAUUUAAGUAGCGAGGAUUGGUUUGGCAAGAACGAUCCUUAUGUCGAGUUGUGGCUCGAUGACGAUUACAAGCAGCGCUCGAGCGAAGUCUCCAACAGCAACAACCCCGUGUGGAAUGAGACCUUCACCUUCAACAUUGCCGAAGGUGACUCCGACAAGAAGCUUCACUUGAAAAUCAUGGAUAAGGAUUUGUUCAGCGACGAUAAGAUCGGUGAUUGCAAGAUCAAUAUCGAGGAAGUUAUUGAAGAAGGUCAAGUCUUUGAAGACUGGGUCAGCUUGCCUGCCUUGCUCGGUUUGUCCAGCAACGGCGAAGUCCUCGUGAGCAUCAGCUUUGAGCCCAGCGAGUAAAGGAAAAAAACAAUACCCAAGUUUUAUGCAAAGCAACCAUACCAUACACCCCAAACCAGUGUGUUGUAGAUUUAUUAAACAUUAUUUUUCUCUCCUCCACCUCCAUUUGUUUUUUGUUUGUAUGUAUCAUAUACAGUAACCUGUAAAGUACCUGAUUCGAGUACAGUUUUUGAAAUGAUGAUGUUAGACGAGUGAUGGAGCACGUAUGUACAUAAAAACGUAAUAGCGAGCAACAUCAUUUAGUUUACUAAAGAACUAUUGCCUGACUGGUUUUAACAUGCCUUCUUUGAGUGACAUCACAAAAAG